AUGUACUUAUUCCUUGAUGUAAUUGUGGUAAUAUGCAACAAGUUAGCAAAGGCUAUCUUAGACGUGGAGCUACAUCCACCGUUCGAUGAGCCUUACUUGUCAACAUCACUCCAAGAUUUUUGGAGUCGAAGGUGGAACCUCAUGGUAACAGAUGUACUACGACACACCAUAUAUGUACCCAUGAGGGUAUUUUUGUCCAAAAAUAAUGUACGUCAACAAAAGGUCUUAAUUCCUUCGGUUAUGACUGUUUUUCUAGUAUCUGGUCUAAUACAUGAACUAAUCUUUUACUACUUAACAUUUGUGAGCCCCACGUGGGAGGUCACGUGCUUUUUUGGACUAAAUGGGAUUUUAGUUAUUUUGGAGAGCUAUUUGAAGAAGAAUUUGGGCCAUAAGUUAAGGUUGCAUUGGGCUUUAAGUGGCCCAUUAAGCCUUGGUCUAGUAAUGGGUACAGGAUAUCUAUUGUUCUUUCCACCAUUUUUAAGGAAUCAAGUUGAUGUAAGAAUUGCUGAGGAGGCUCAGGCAUUGUUCAAGUUUAUAGGAUCACAAUUAUUUUAA